UGGGUACUUCACCUCGGGGUGCCUCACUUUGGGAUGGGGCUCUGUGCUUCUAUGGGAGUCUAUCUUCGUUGCUUAACGUGUUCGUUUAAACUUAAGAUGCGGAACACGUUUUUGCGGACCGUUUGAUUCCUCCAAGUUAGUAAUCAGUAUAGUCUGCUCAUCAGCUGUGUUUAUAUAGAUACUUUGAGUAUUGACCGCAUCAACCGCAAAAUAUUUCUUCUUUCAUUAACACGUCUAAGUAAAAUAUUGUGUUGUGAAAAGGAUUUUAAUCGUUAUUAAAUUUUGGUGCAGUUCAAGUUGUAUAUAUAAUAUACAUGCGGUAUAGCCUCCCUCAUCUCUUCGGUUCACUACUUGCACUAACAACCGUUUAUUUUGUCCGGUUUUACCGUAUAUUCGGCUCAAAUUCAAGGCAUUGGUUUUUGCUAUAGUUUUUAAAUAGAUAUUUGAAGCGCAAGAAAGCUAUCGACGUAAAUUUUAUCCCCAUGGGUUUAAGACAAAUUUGAGGUUAGCACGGUGCGAUUCUUUGUUUAUCACUCCAUUUACUCGUGUUUCGGAAGUUUCAUCGUUGACAUUUUACUUUGACGAAAUUUACUUUAAUAUUUCGCUAUUUCUUUACUGUAAUUUUCACGACGUAAACCCAUAUUUUGAUCGAUUUGUCAGACGUUGAACAACAUUCUUUUAUAAACGAAAACUUAGCGCCAUAAUGGUUGUAAAACAGAAUUCACUCCGUCCAAAGCUGAUGGAAAGUAUGCAAUAUUUUUCUGGAAGAAAUAAUGUUCUUUCAAAUCUACAAACCGCUCAAAAUGUUGUGACGAAUUCGGAGAAAAAAUUCCUCUUGUGAUUUCUGGAGUAGACUAUACAUCAAGUGUGCUCAUUAUUUUUCUGCAUCCUGUAUGUGUAAUGGUUUGUCCACUAGCGAUGCACGCGACUAAGCAACAAACUUUCACCAUGACGCUUAAUCGUAUUAUCUAGUAAUAUUGAAAAAGAAAUUUUCAGAUCCGAUAAUUCCAAUGUUUAUUAUAAAUGAGCAAAAAUGGGAAAGACCAGAGGAGUCCACGAAACCACACCAGAGAUUCGCAAUCGAAUGGUUGGGAUGUAUGAAGCCGGUCUUGGAUUGUCCGAAAUCGCAGCGGCUGUUAAUUGUUCUCAAAGAACGGUAAAAAGAUGGCUGAACAGAUUCGACAAGGAAGGGACUGUGGAAACGCGGGACCGAUGUGGUCGCAAGAGAGCAACGACUCAGGAACAGGACGAAGCUAUCAUUCGUCUGGCGACGCAAACUUCGAUCACAGCCGCGAAAGCAGUGCUUCCAGCUCUGGGGCUGAACUGCUCCGUGGAUACUAUUAGGGAACGGUUGCACAGAGCUGGCAUUCACAAUUGGAGUCCAUCCAAGAAGCACAUCCAAAAAAUUUCCGUAGCGGUUUCAGAAGGUUCGGGAAUAGAGCAGGCAGUUUGGAGACCUACAGGCACCCAAGUUGGCAAGAACAAGAAAAAAGUGGCCAAGGAUAAAAAAAGUCGGUCCCAGACGAAGAAGAAAAGAUCCCCGCAAAAAGCUAAACCGAAAGCUGCUGUAGACGAUGACGCUAACGUUAACAAUACCACUGCAAUUCUUCCGCCUCAAGUGCAUCAGCCAAGUUUUUCAUUUUCUCUUCCAGCCCAAAACGUGCCAAUGCAACCGAUGAUAAACGAGAUGCAAUCAUUGCCGGUACCGCCGUCAAUGGGAACCUCGCAUCCCUCUGAAACCCCCAAUGCAAACCAUUAUACUCAUCCGUUAAACAUUCCACACUCGCAAUCAAUGUAUCAUCAGCAACAGAGUUGGCCACUUGAUCUUGUUCAAGCUCCUCAUCUGUACCCGCAGAGUCAAGAGGUGCCGAAUCAACACCAAGAUCAACUAACGCAACAACUUCAAACGCAAAUGCAACCGUCGAUUCAUCUGGAACAGCCCGUCGUACACGAGCAAAACCUAAACACGUGUCAGACUGAGCAGCAUCGACAAAUGUCUGAAUUAUCUCGGGAAACGUUGCACGAUUCUCAAGAUGCGAUAAUCAACGUCUGCAGCGACGUCUGCUCUAAUUCCAAUAGUAGUUUCAAUGACAACAGUCAAAGUUCAACCAACGACGACGAGAGCAAGUCGGAGAAAAAAAGGAAAUUGGGAAAGAGCAGAAAGAAGAAAGGUGGCAAGGUCAAGGGAACCCUUGAAACAAGCGUUGAAAUCCGUAAUCGCAUGAUCGGAAUGUCCGAGGCGGGAUUGUCAACUUUGUCCAUUGCACUGGCCAUCAACAGAUCUGAACGAACGGUAAAAAGGUGGCUGGAUCGAUGGCACAAGGAAGGAAACGUUCAGACUAAAGAGAGAAAAGGUCGAAAGCGCAUAACUACCAAGGAACAAGACGACGCGAUUAUCGCGAUGGCAACUCAGCAGCCUUUGACAGCAGCCAAACACGUAGCUCCUGCUCUCGGCCUCAAGUGUAGCGUCGAUACUAUUCGCGAAAGACUCCAUAAAGCAGGAAUACACAGUUGGAAGUUGGGCAAAAAGCAAGGAGAAGGGAAUGCUGUUCACACCGUUCAUCUGUGGCAACCGAGCGGCAACAGGUCCAGCAAAGUGAAAUCAAACGGAGGCAAGAAGAAAAAGUCUCAAACGAAAAAACAAAAUCAAAACUCGGGUCACAAAAAAAGGCAAGGAGAGAGCAAGAGUCAAAAAGAUGAGACGCUGCCUCGAGAAACGACGGAACCCCCCGUGCAUAAUGUCAUUCCGCAGUCGGAGAACAUACCGUUUCAACAAGCUCAUCCGCAACCUCUUCCAACGAUGCAGACAACGCACGACAUCAUGUCCGACGGUUCGGCACCUGUCCCGCAUCUUUCUCAACAUUCACAGGUGUCUUCCAUGUGUUCUCAGCUGUCUUCAUCUCUCCAAACGUUGCAACCGUUGGGACCGAUGGUGCCACCACGGCCAGAUUGCAGAUUAGCUCUUCCGACGAUAAUUCCAUCGAUUGCUAGUCAAACGAGUACUAAUGUGACGUAUCCCUCUUGUAUGAUGAGCAACAAUAGUCACACCAGCCAGAUGGAACAACCAGUUGAUACAAUCAACUAUGAACCUUAUAUCUGGAGCUUUUGAAAUAAGACCGAAAAUCGAAAAAGACUGCAAGAUAUCACGAACUUCGCUUCGAACAAGCAUUCAUGAUCUCGAUUAGCCUGUAAUGUUUAAUAAUGAAGCAGUGAUUUGCUUUUGUAUAACAUAUGUAUAUUAUCACGUAUUUACAUACAGGAACAGUUUGCAAUUGUAUAUUAUAUAUACAAUCAAUUUUACAAUAAUUGUAAAUAACGCAUUUGAAUUGAAAGAAUCAAAGAAUAAACCUUUGAAUGAGUAUUAGUCUGUAGCCGCUUUAUUCCAAAUAUUGCGAUUUUGUAAAUUCCAUUUUUACUUACAAAAAGUUUGACGAAUAAAUAUCUCUUUCAAUUA